GGCGGGGCUCCGGGCAGCUGGGCAGAGCUGUACGCUGCUUGUAUAUUGUCGCAGCUUCCGGUAAACACCGUUACGGAACGAAUAAUAUUUUGAGAUCUCCUGCUCAGCUGCCAUGUUUUAUAGAGCAGACUACUGACAUGAAGAAGAGCAGAAUAUUCCAGCAUUGCUGCAACAAUCAGAAGCAUGGAUGAAGAAACUGUUUGUUCCAUAAGAUAACUGAAGAAACUUCUUUUUGGGUUGUUUCAUUUAAAUAAGAACUUAGGAAGGAGAUUUCACAUGGCUGGGGCUAUUGCUUCGAGAAUGAGCUUCAGCUCUCUGAAGCGGAAACAGCCUAAAACAUUCACAGUCAGAAUCCUUACAAUGGAUGCGGAAAUGGAAUUCAACUGUGAGGUAAAGUGGAAAGGGAAAGACCUUUUUGACCUGGUAUGUCGUACCUUAGGGCUUCGUGAAACCUGGUUCUUUGGGCUUCAGUACACCGUUAAGGACACCAUAGCAUGGUUGAAAAUGGACAAAAAGGUAUUGGACCAUGAUGUCCCAAAAGAAGAACCGGUCACCUUCCAUUUCUUAGCCAAAUUUUACCCAGAAAAUGUUGAGGAAGAACUUGUACAGGAUAUUACACAGCACCUCUUCUUCCUUCAGGUUAAAAAGCAGAUACUGGAAGAGAAAAUAUACUGCCCACCAGAAGCUUCUGUGCUACUAGCGUCAUAUGCUGUUCAAGCAAAGUAUGGUGAUUAUGAUGCAUCUGUACACAAACGUGGAUUCCUGGCAGAGGAGGAGCUUCUUCCAAAAAGGGUAAUAAACCUAUAUCAGAUGACUCCAGAGAUGUGGGAGGAGAGAAUUACUGCGUGGUAUGCUGAACACCGUGGGCGCACUAGAGAUGAAGCCGAAAUGGAAUACCUGAAAAUAGCACAAGACACGGAGAUGUAUGGAGUAAAUUAUUUUCUCAUACGGAACAAGAAAGGAACUGAACUGUUGCUAGGAGUUGAUGCUUUGGGACUCCAUAUUUAUGACCCCGAAAACAGAUUGACCCCUAAAACUUCCUUCCCUUGGAAUGAAAUUCGAAAUAUUUCUUACAGUGAUAAGGAGUUUACCAUCAAACCACUAGAUAAGAAGAUUGAUGUCUUUAAAUUUAACUCCUCAAAGCUACGAGUAAACAAGCUGAUUUUACAGCUUUGUAUUGGAAAUCAUGAUUUGUUCAUGCGCAGAAGGAAAGCUGACUCCCUUGAAGUUCAGCAGAUGAAGGCUCAGGCCCGGGAAGAGAAAGCCAGAAAACAGAUGGAACGCCAAAGACUAGCACGAGAAAAGCAAAUGAGGGAAGAGGCUGAACGAACACGGGAUGAGUUAGAGAGGAGAUUGCUGCAGCUGAAGGAGGAGGCUCAGAUGGCCAAUGAUGCUCUUAUGAGAUCUGAAGAAACAGCUGACCUUCUAGCCGAAAAGGCCCAAAUUACAGAGGAGGAAGCUAAACUACUUGCCCAGAAAGCUGCUGAGGCAGAGCAGGAGAUGCAAAGGAUCAAAGCCACAGCUAUUCGUGGUGAAGAGGAAAAGCGGCUCAUGGAGCAAAAGGUGCUGGAGACUGAGAUGCUGGCUCUAAAAAUGGCAGAAGAAUCUGAGCGAAGAGCUAAAGAAGCAGAGCAACUAAAGCAAGAUUUGCAAGAGGCGCGGGAGUCGGAGCGUAGAGCCAAACAAAAGUUAUUGGAAAUUACCAGCAAAACAGCCUAUACGCAAGCAGCAGGAACUACCAGUAGCUCCGUGCCCCCUGUUGAUGUGCCAAGCUUCAGCAUGCUCAGUGACAGCCUGCCCUAUGAUUUCAAGGACACAGAUAUGAAGCGCCUGUCUAUGGAAAUUGAAAAGGAAAAGGUGGAGUACAUGGAAAAAAGCCGGCACUUACAGGAACAGCUGAAUGAGCUGAAAACGGAAAUUGAAUCCCUCAAAUUGAAGGAACGUGAAAGCGCAAUGGAUAUAAUGCAUGAAAAUGCAGGCAGCAAGCAGAACACAAUCAAAAAGGGAAGGAGAGCAGUCUGCAUCUGAGAGUGACGCAUAGUGUGUGCCAGCUCACCUUACAGAGUACGCAAUGUAGAGUAGCCUUCUUUGAAGAAUUGUAAUCCAUCGCUGGUGCAUUGCGGAUGUCGAAAGUUCUUCCAAGAUGAUGGGAAGGGCCAAAUCGAAGCAUCGGCGCGCCUGUAACUAGGGAUUUUCAUAAAUGUGUUGGAACAGCUUUUUUAUUUUAUUUUGUAAACUUCCUCUGUGAUAUAUUGCAUUGCCACAUACAAAAAGGUUAACACUAAAAGGUACAAUGAUGCCUUUUUUUUUUUAUAAAGGAAAGUAAUGCAGUCUACAAUUAUAUAGUAGUUCAAAUAAAGUGGUGUUAAUAGCAUUUCUCCAUA